AGUAGCGCGGAUUGCUCAUCCGAUCCGCGCGGUCGCCGCCACUGUGUCAGGUUACAGAGGCGCCCGGAUUCGGCCCCUGCGCUCCUCGGCAGCGCCGCGGCCCGCUCUGCCCAUGGGGCCCUCCAUGUGCGCCCUGGCGCCGGGGGACUGAAAGCCGCCGGCCCGAAGACGCGGGACGACCGACGGCUCGGCCAUCCUCCCUCAGAGCCGAGAGCCGAGUCCCCCUCGGCGUCUCUGGACUCGGGACAUUCUUUGAAGUCACUUUUUUUCCUUCAGUCUGGUGAAAACUCGGUUCCCGCGGGUCGCGUCUCCCGGCUCUCCGCGUCCUGGUGCGGAGUUUUGCGUCUCUCAGUCGGGAGCUGAGGAGAGGGACGUUUGCCAGAGACCGCGCGCCCUUCCCUCCUGCCCCGCCGUGUGGAUUGCGUCUUUCGGCGGCAGGUCUCGCCUUUAUUUAUUCUAUUUAUUUAUUUAUUGGUUCUUGUGACGCCCGGCGAUGGUAGCGGAGAACGCCCGCAAAGCAGCGGCCGCCGGAGUUCGCGGCCCAGGGGAACUGAGUGCGCCUGGGACGGUGGCGCUGACGGCGGCGCGGAGCGAGCGCUGCGCGCGGCUGCCGAGCCCAGGGUCUUGCGGGCUGUUGGCGCUGGCCUUGUGCUCGCUGGCGCUCAGCCUGCUCGCCCACUUUCGGACGACCGAGCUGCAGGCCCGGGUGCUGCGCCUGGAAGCGGAGCGCGGGGAGCAGCAAAUGGAGACGGCUAUUUUGGGACGAGUUAACCAACUGCUGGAUGAGAAAUGGAAGCUGCAUUCGCGGAGGCGCCGGGAGGCCCCAAAGAUGUCUCCAGGAUGUAACUGCCCACCAGGUAAGCAGCCCUGCCAGUAUGGUCCCACUGGCAGGCCUGGACUUCCGGGGGAGAAAGGUGCUCUUGGGAUGCCUGGACGUGUGGGAGUCAAAGGCCAGCCAGGCGAGAAGGGCGCCCCAGGGGAUGCUGGCAUGUCCAUCAUUGGCCCCCGAGGGCCCCCGGGUCAACCAGGCUCCCGAGGUUUUCCUGGAUUUCCGGGUCCCAUUGGACUGGAUGGUAGACCGGGCCAACCUGGACCGAAAGGCGAGAUGGGCCUGACAGGUCCCCGAGGACAGCAGGGACCUCAAGGACAAAAAGGAGAAAAGGGUCAGUGUGGAGAAUACCCACACCGGGAGUACCUAAGCAGCACGAUAGCAGCUCUUCGCUCCAACCAGAUAAUUACCUUGAAGCUGCUGCCUCUCCUCAAUUCAGUGCGACUGGCUCCACCCCCAGUCAUAAAAAGGCGAACCUUCCAGGGGGAGCAGGGCCAGGCUGGCAUCCAGGGCCCACCAGGGCCUCCAGGACCCCCUGGACCAAGUGGACCUCUUGGGCAUCCAGGCUUGCCAGGGCCCAUAGGGCCACCUGGCUUACCAGGGCCUCCAGGACCAAAGGGAGACCCAGGGAUCCAGGGCUACCACGGUCGGAAGGGAGAACGGGGCAUGCCGGGAAUGCCAGGCAAACAUGGAGCCAAGGGAGCUCCGGGAAUCGCCGUGGCUGGGAUGAAGGGUGAGCCGGGCAGCCCAGGAGCCAAGGGCGAGAAGGGGGCUGCAGGCUCCCCUGGGCUCCCUGGUCAGAAGGGAGAGAAAGGUGAUGCUGGCAACUCUAUUGGAGGAGGCAGGGGGGAGCCCGGCCCUCCAGGGCUCCCGGGACCCCCGGGGCCCAAGGGAGAAGCAGGUGUCAUUGGCCAGGCGGGGCCCCCAGGACAGCCAGGAGAAAAGGGUUCCAAGGGAGAGCCAGGGAAAGGCGAGAUGGUGGAUUACAAUGGCAACAUCAGUGAGGCACUCCAGGAGAUCCGCACACUGGCCUUGAUGGGUCCUCCUGGUCUUCCUGGGCAGAUCGGUCCACCCGGAGCUCCAGGGACCCCAGGCCAGAAGGGGGAGAUUGGACUACCAGGCCCUCCAGGACAUGAUGGAGAAAAGGGACCUCGUGGCAAACCAGGAGAUAUGGGCCCCCCUGGUCCUCAAGGCCCCCCUGGAAAGGAUGGACCUUCAGGAACGAAGGGAGUCACUGGGCCUCCAGGGAACCCAGGAGAGAAGGGAGAGAAAGGGGCGCCAGGCCCGGCAGGCUCACCGGGAGAGAAAGGACAAGCUGGGGAGAAGGGCGACCCAGGAGCAGAGGUUCCAGGGCCGCCAGGGCCAGAGGGUCCCCCAGGAGCUCCGGGACUCCAAGGUGUUCCUGGACCAAAGGGGGAAGCAGGACUGGACGGAGCAAAAGGCGAGAAGGGCGUCCAGGGCGAGAAAGGAGACCGAGGGCCCCUGGGACUGCCUGGAGCGUCAGGUUUGGACGGCAGGCCUGGGCCACCGGGCACUCCAGGACCAGUUGGAGUUCCAGGCCCGGCGGGACCAAAGGGCGAGAGGGGCAGCAAAGGAGACCCCGGGAUGACGGGACCAAUGGGAGCAGCGGGGCUUCCUGGCUUACAUGGACCACCAGGGGACAAGGGAAGCCGGGGGGAACGGGGGAAGAAAGGCUCUAGAGGGCCUAAAGGGGAUAAGGGAGACCAAGGAGCGCCUGGACUGGAUGCCCCCUGUCCACUGGGUGAAGACGGCUUACCUGUCCAGGGCUGCUGGAACAAGUGACGCCUCUAACCUUGGAUUGGCCUAUGUGUGUGUUUGUAUAUAGAAUAUUUAUUUUUAUACAGUUUUCACUUUCUGAAAAUGCUGGACGUAUGAUGCAUCUUACAGAUUAAAAAAACAAUCUGCAUAUUUUGUACAGAAAAUCUCACCUCUUUUGUUUACAAGAUGUUUUGUCCAAGUCUAACCCACAUUCUGUUUGUGAAGACAGUUGGAGUGUUCGCAUGACAUCUGUGUACACUCAGCAUUGAUGCUUUAUCAGUUACCAUGCUUCAGUGCCAGAGGGCAGGGCGGGGGCUGCCAACACUCAGGGGCUGGCUCGUACAUGUGUGCAAAUUCACACCAGUGUGGCAACAGUCUAUGAAAUUUGCCAGGCUGGG